AUGUGGGACACGCCGCUGCCAGCCCUGUGCUGCUGGCCCUGGUGGCUUCUGCUCCUGGCCUGGCUCAGCCUGGGCUGUGGCGUUGGCAUGGCACAGGGCCCAGCCCUGGGGACAUCGAUGCUGGCUGCCGAGCCCCCAGCCCCUGCUCGGUCCCAGGGUGUCUGGGGCCCCUGGGGACCCUGGAGCUCCUGCUCCAGCUCCUGCGGGGAUGGCGUGGCCUUGCGUGCCCGGAGGUGCCUGCGGUCUGCUGAGGAGCAGCAGUGCCCUGGUGACCCCCGGCAGUACCGACUCUGCCAGCUCCAGGACUGUCCCAGCGGCUCGGUGCCCUUCCGUGCCAUGCAGUGCUCCCUCUAUGACAACAAACCCGUCCUGGGCACACCAGCCCGCUACCACUGGGUGCCCUUCCACGGAGCCCCCAACGUCUGUGACCUGAACUGCUUGGCCGCGGGGCACAACUUCUACUACACCUUCGGGCGGGUGCUGGAUGGGACCCCCUGCAGCCCGGGCUCCCCUGACCUCUGCGUUGGUGGGCGCUGCCUGAGCGUUGGCUGCGACGGGAUCCUGGGCUCGGGCUCCCGGCCCGAUGCCUGCGGGCGGUGCGGCAGCGGCGGCGGCGGCGGCGGCGGCCACCGCGAGUGCCACUUCGUGCAUCGACUCUUCCAGGGCACGGAGCCCCCCUCCGGUUAUUUUGGGUACAUGAAUGUGACCAAGAUCCCGGCUGGGGCCACCCACAUCAAGGUGACAGACAAGAGCCGCAACUACCUCGCCCUGAUGAGGAGCGAUGGGCGCUACGUGCUCAACGGAGGCUGGUCCAUAGCCUGGCCGGGGCAGUACCAGGUGGCUGGCACCCAGCUGCUUUACACCCGUACACCCGACGGCACCGAGACCCUGGAGGUGCCCGGCCCCACCGAUGAGGAUCUGCAUGUGAUGGUUCUGCUGCAGGAACCCAACCCCGGCAUCGAGUACCAGUUCUGGCUGCCCCAAGGGCACACCCAGUCCGGCCGUGCCAACGCCAGUCCCCUGCGGCAGCCUCAGCCCCGGGAGGCUGGCAGCCCCCCACCCGCGGAGCCCCCUGUGACCCCAGCCCCACUGCCACCACGUCAGUCUGGGGAUUUAGCCAUGGGGCCGCCGAGAAGCCCUCCCGGCCAGGGUGAAGCCAGGGCUGCCACAGGGCGAUGCGGGAGGUGCCGCCCGGCCAAGGGACGCUCCCAGCGCAUCUGGCACUUCUGCCACAGCGAUUUCGUCUUCCAGGGCCGGAUCCUGGCACGACGUUUGGUGGGGCGGGAGACACGUUACGAGGUGGAGGUGAAAAGCCGCUACCGGCACCGCUUCCCGCUGGUCUCCCGGGAAUACGUGUGGGUGCCCGACACCUGCGGCUGCCCCCCGCUCCGGGAGGGGGGCGAGUACCUGCUGAUGGCCUGGCGCCACGUCAACCACGAGCAGACCCUCAACCGCAUCCUGCUGCCGGCCGAGGGCUACGCCCGGCCCUGGACUCCCCGUGAGGAGCGGCUGGUGCGGGAAGCGGCACGCAGCUGCCCCCAGUCCCCCUGA